AUGUUGAAAGCCAAAGAGCUGCGAAAAUUACAUGCAGCCUCUUAUUUGUUGCCGGGGGAAGAUAUUUUACUUGCGUUUGAAUCUGCAAAGAAAGAAUUCGCCUUUACAAAUGAAUCGUUCAUAUUGAUACGGGGAGAAAGUGCUACAACGACUCGGAAACUGGUGCAGCGAUAUUCGUAUCAAGAGUGUCUCAUCUCCAAGAUACAGUUCGAAACAACAGGUCGGAUGGACCGAGAUUGUGAGGUUUCCUUUAAUAUCGGUGACAAGAAUGUAUCAAUUACUAUCACGUGGAAGGAAGAAGAAUGUGGUAAAGGGGUUUAUAAGAUGUUGCUUCGACUUGCAAGGGAGCAAAAUGCUCGUUCUUGGAGCUGGAAACAAGCUCAAAAGUGUUUGGACAAAGCGGCUAAUAAGUUGUCAAUCAAAACGGGUGACGGUCUUGUGUCACAAGCGACAACGGCGGUUGCAUGGCUUGAACAUGCCUUUACCGAACGUAAUCAACGCUGUUACCGUGAGGUUAUAACUAGUGCCAUGGCUGAGACAAUUGUCAAGAGCAACAUGUAA